AAUAUGUCAUAUAUCUCUUUUUAAUAUGGGUGUCAAUGGUUUCUUUCUAUUCGCAGUCACCCACCGUAUACAAGUAAACACUUCUACCACCGUAUAGAAAUGUUUACGGUGUCUAUAAGGUUUCCUAGUCCAACUUUCCAUGUCUAUGAAACACAUUUGUAACUAUUUUUUUCACAAAUAGGUAUAAUAUCUGAGGUUUUUCCCGAUAAAUAUUCUGACAUUUAUAUAUAUCGAAACACGAAUCCAUUAUGAAGAAAAAACAAUUUCCAGAUUUUUUCACCGAAAAAGGACCCAUACAAACAAUAGUAACACCGCUUAAUUUUGGAAACAGUACAUACUGGAUGUCUUCCGUUUUAACUGAACAUAAUGUUGCGCCUCAGCCUACUUACAUGAAACCAUAUGAUGACAACGAAGGGGGCUUAUUGGAUUGUGGAGAGAUUGAAGAAAAUUAUGAAAUAGUUUUAACAAAGUCUGGGAAGUUUAUGACCUCAUUUUAUGUACCUUCUGCAUUGCUUUCUUACAUAAUUGGCUCAAAGGGUUUGAAAUUGAAGAGUUUGCAGAAAAAUACUAAUACACUGAUUAAGGUACCUAAACUUAACGAAAAAGGUGAGAUUAAGAUAACGGGAGACACUGAAAGAAAAGUGGCAUCAGCUCGAACUCAGAUUUCUAUGAUCGUAAUGCAAAGAAAAGAUAAGUUGCCUAUUAGCCACUUUGUGUCCAUACCAAUUGUUUCGGAGAAUAUUAGAGAGAAAUACAAACGUUUUCAAGACGAAAUUCUCAAUGUAAUGCCUAGAGGCGUAACUCAAUCCAUUUUUCAACAGCCCGAAAAACUGCACCUAACAAUUUGUACACUCACUCUACUAGACGAUGAGGAACUACAUACCGCAAAACAAGUAUUGGAUACUUGUCACAAAGAAUUCAUAUCCAACAUCCUGGACAGUAAACACUAUAAAAUCCAUCUAGAUGGAGUUGAAAUCAUGAAUGACGAUCCUAGUAGUGUUAAUGUUCUUUACGGAAAUGUUCGAAUGGAUAGUCCAGAGGAAAACGAAAAAUUGCAGGAAAUAUCUGACAAAAUCUCUGAAUACUUCUACAGAUCAGGAUUAGCAAAAAAGCAAUAUGAUAAUGUUAAGCUCCAUGUUACUCUGAUGAAUACUAGUUUCAGAAACUCUGGGGAGAAACAGGAGAGUUUUGAUGCAACCAAUAUUUUGAGGAAAUAUAAAAAUUAUUAUUUUGGGUCUGUUGACUUGAAAAAUAUUCAUCUAUCAGUAAGAUUCACGGGUAGGAAUGAAUAUUAUGAGUCUGCACUAGUGAUAGAUAUUUGAUGAAUUUUCAAUAAAAUUAUUUUGAUAAAGCAA